AUGUUUGUACAUUUAUUCGCGUGCAUGUAUUUCAUUGUAUUUGACUCGAUAACUCAACAAGUUGUGGCGUUCAUAUCAGUGUUAGAUCACGGCAUCUAUCCCCUGGAGCAGGGAUCUAUCGGAAUACAAUUCUAUAUUGACGUUGAGAACAACAAUCAUUUCGUACCAUGCAGAGUCAACUCAUGGCCAAAAAUGUGCUGCCUAGCUGACGAAGACUACAAAGAUUGUAGUUUUGAUGCAAUUCCAGGAGACAACCAGGAACUUAUCAAACCAAACACUAGAGAAACAUUGUUGUACGUGUACCCCACGCUGUACCAAUAUGAUCAAGUCGGAUACUGCGACUUUGUCAUCGACUUUAAAUGCGACAAUAGCAGGCGAGCCAGACAAGUAUCUGUUAAAAUACCGUUUGAUACGCAGUUCUCUAAUAAAAAGAAUUCGCAAUAUCUUAAAGCGUAUAUUGAUAUAAAAGGUAAUGAGUGUGAUUCGCUCGAUGAAGACCCCUUGCAUGACUGUGAAGCUAUCAACUGUGACCUGAAGUACGCUGGCCGCAGGCCGUACUUUGACAAGCGCAACAAGUGCGUGAGUGCGCCCGUCUGCGACACAAACGUGAUGAAGGCACUACCUGACGUAGUAUACGUGCCCAAAACUAAUAUCUGUAGAGACCUGGACCACCCCAUUACAAUUGGGGACAUAUACGCUAUCAGCACGGGCCUCGGUGUUGUGACUGAAUCAACUAAAUCACAUUUCAACAAUAUGAAGAUACGGAUGAAAUCAAACUGCUCAACUAUAUCACAGAAUGUGGUCAUGCUAAAAGACAUGAUGUAUGGCAAGCUGUGUCCGAUGUUCAACGGCGACACGUCUGGUUACGAGGAAUGCUGUACAAAUGCCUUACUAUCAAUAGUCUCUUAUGUGGUUGCUAUCUGUGGCUUGCUGCUGUCACUCGUCUGCUGUAUUCACACAACAAUGUGGUGUUACUCAAAAUGGACAAAAGGAGACAUGGGCAAUAGUUUCAUGUGUUGGAAACCAGUAAAUACUAACAUGUCAAUACACCGAGCCUCCGCAACACGGAGAGAGAUAACCAACAAUCUAUUGAGAGAAGUAAUAGUAAAGGACUUGCCGAUAGAGAUGCGGGAUAGUGUUGUGGACAUCUGCCAGAGAAUUAAUAAGGAGAUAAAACAAAAGAAGAGGUACAGAGUAGCUGAUCUAGGCAGCCAAUUAAUCUUAGAGAAGAAGAGUCCAACACCACAUCUGAUACUACCUCUCAAUCAUCUUCGUCUAAUGGUGAUAAAACUGGUCGAGUCAAACUGA